UGCUCAAAAUGAACAUUACAUGUAUUCUGGUCACUUUUUUUAAAUUUGAAUAAAGUAUUAUUGAGUUCGUAUUGUAUUUAUUUGGUUUAUUUACAAAUUAUCUGUAACAGUUAUUACUUUCUGAAUCAUAUAAAACGAAAGAUUGAAAUUGAUUAAUAUUUUAUUGUCAUUAUAUAAGUGACAAAAUAUUUAAUAAACCAUUGUCAUAAUGUAUUCCAUGGUGUAAGCAACAUUUCAAGUUACAGUUACUAAUUAUCCCAAAAAAAUGGAUGGCUCAACUGAGAACUGGGACCCUGCUCUUACUCGCUUACUGUCUUCAUUAAAAGAUGUUCAGUCUGGUGGUGAAGAUGUGGCUUUCCUCAAUGAACUCCUUCAGUCAAAGCAGCUUCAUGCACUCGUUCAAGUGCACAAUAAGAUUGUAGCAACUCAAUGCAAGGAUGAUAAGUUUUAUCCCUUAUUAUCUAAUGCAAUGCAGGUUACAUUAGAAGUUUUAGAAAUGUUUGUUGAUGUAGUACAAAUCUCCAGUGAAUACAAAGAGUUGUUAGGUCUCCUACAAAAGCCUCAUUUUCAGGCUAUACUCUGUACACAUGAUGCUGUCGCGCAGAAAGACUAUUACCCACAUUUGCCAGACAUACCUCCCGAUGCUGACGAUGAAGAGGAAACUGUUAAAAUUGUCCAACUAGUGAAAAGUGACGAACCUUUGGGUGGAGCUCAGAGUGCAGAGCCUAUAGUGGGUGCUACGAUCAAAACCGAUGAGGAUACUGGUAAGAUCGUGAUAGCUCGUGUGAUGCAUGGCGGUGCCGCUGAUAGAUCUGGUCUUAUACAUGCUGGGGACGAAGUUAUUGAGGUCAAUGGCAUCAGUGUCGAAAGCAAGACACCAGCUGAUGUCCUCUCUAUACUGCAAAAUUCGGAAGGCACGAUAACUUUCAAACUGGUACCGUCUUUCGGUAAAGGAGGUUCGAGGGAGAGUAAAGUAAGGGUGAGAGCACUGUUCAACUAUAAUUCCUCGGAAGAUCCUUACAUCCCUUGCAAAGAGGCUGGUCUUAACUUCAAAAAGGGUGACAUUCUUCAUAUUGUGUCCCAAGACGAUGCUUAUUGGUGGCAAGCCCGUCGUGAGGGUGACAGAGUUAUGAGAGCCGGUCUGAUACCUUCGAGGACCUUGCAGGAGGGUCGCAUUAUACACGAGAGACAGACAGACCCUCAGACUGUUGACGGUAAACCAGCACUUUGCAGUCCAACAGCCGCAAAUUCCGAAUGCGGUCCAAAGACUCCCUGCUCGCCUACUCCUAACGCUGCCGCUCUAUUGCCCUGCAAGUCCAUGCCUAAGGUGAAGAAAAUUAUAUAUGAUAUAAAGGAGAACGAUGACUUCGACAGAGAAUUGAUACCGACUUAUGAGGAGGUGGCCAGAUUAUACCCACGACCCGGGUUUAUAAGACCCAUUGUUCUUGUCGGGGCUCCCGGUGUGGGCAGGAAUGAAUUGCGAAGGAGGCUGAUUGCUUCCGAUCCCGAAAAAUACGUCACCCCCGUACCAUACACAACCAGAGCUCAGAAACCGAGUGAACAGAACGGUAAAGACUAUGUGUUUGUGGCGCGGGAGAAAAUGGAACAGAAUAUUGCUGAAGGGAAGUUUAUAGAGCACGGCGAGUACAAGGGGAAUUUAUACGGAACAUCAGCGGAGAGUGUGGAGACGAUUGUGAAUUCAGGGCGUGUCUGUGUUUUGAGCCCCCACUGGCAGGCCUUGAAGAUGUUGCGUACGCCGCGGUUGCGACCUUAUAUUGUAUUUAUCAAGCCACCCCUGCUCGAAAGGCUAAUCGAAACAAGAACUGCGGCGAGUGCUCGUUCGACGUUUGACAAAGAAAGCUCUAGGGCAUUUACGGAGGAGGAGUUUGCGGAUAUUAUACGGUCGUCGAAUCGGAUUAACUUUUUGUACGGAUAUAUGUUUGAUGAGGAGAUUGUCAACGCUGAUCUGGCAACGGCCCUGACUCAGCUGCUGCGGGCGGCGUGGCGGGUGCAGUCCGAGCCGCUGUGGGUUCCAGCUUCGUGGGUGCAGUGAGAUGUCUGGUCCCUUCUAGUCCAAUUUUUAGCCCAAUUAUACAUUAUUUUCAUAUUAUGUUCUAAGUAUUUAAUUUUUAGUGUUUAGUUACGCGUAGCGAUUUAAUUUCAAUUAUAUAUCUGUAAAUAUGUAUAUAUUUAUGUGUUGUUGAUGUUUACAUAUAAUUUGUGCAUUCUUGUCUUUGCGGUAAUGUCUACUUGCUGCCCUUUUUCCGCGGUGUCUACCGUUUUGUCUAUUUAUGUGCCUCUAAUAAUAUCGAUGUUAUGGUAGUGUUAAGUCUAGCGUAAGUAUGUUUUAGGUGUAAUUCAAUAACAAUAAUAUCCGCAACAAUCUAUACACGAACCGUAUUAAAAAAAAAAAUUAAAGAUACAUUUUAUCUUCGAUGUAAUUGGUUUGUGAAUGCUUUUCGAUAUUAUUUAUAAAAUUGAAUAGUUUAUUGAUAUUUUUUUUAUACGAAAACCAUACAGCGGAAUUUGUAAUCGUAGCGUUCGACUGUAACCGAAGUAAAGCUCAAUUAAUUACUGUAAACAAUAACGCCAUGUGCCUACAAUUAAUAAAUUAAUUCAUAACCACACGUUCGUAAUCAGUAUGUCUUCCCGUCGAUGCAGUCUGGUUUGUGUAAAGGAAUGAUGGUUAAAAAACAGUUAAACCCCGUAUGUAGGGUAGUUCUAUGUAAUGUUAAAGUAUAACGGAAGUGACUGUCCCGGGCAGCUUUAAUGUGAUCAGAUGAGUCGAUUUUAUCUUAGGGCUUCGGACAAUUUUGAUUAGUAUCGCAACCAUACAUGAUGGAAUUAUUAUUAUUAUUAAUUUGGACUCGAGUUGUUUUUCACAUGUCUAAACUCGCCUUUAUAUCAUUUUAAUUAUUAUGGAUUUUAUUUAGAUUAAUUUACGACGUUUCAAUUAUUCGAAUAUCGUUUAACCGAAUUAUCAUUGUCAGCCAGUCGAUCGUGUAGUCAACCGUUUAUGAAUUAAUUCUAAAAUUCAUUAGAUUUAGUAAUAGAAAAGAUUUAUUAGUAUGUAAGCGAAGGCCUUAACGAAAUCAUACAGAAAUAGGGAAUAAGGUACAUGUAGGUAUAAAAUGGAUAUAAUGCUCUCGUUAAAUGAUGAUACAAUACCCGCAGAUUGUGUAGUUUAAUAAUUAAAAGCUCAAAUAGAUUUAUUUAAGGCGCAUCACGUGGGGUGUAUUAUUUAAGUAACUAUCCCAGUGAUUGUAUAUGAGGGAUGAUAAACGGUGCUCCAGGGGUUCCUGUGACGCACCCACCUUGUCGCCAGUGGUCGAUAUUAUCUACCGUAGAUAAUAUCGAUCAUUUGCGACGGAAAAUUGCACCGUGCCGGGUGAGUCGAUAGUGUUGUCGCGUUAGUAUAACACGCGUAUUUCCUUCUAAUCUAUAACUAUUUUACUGUAACCUUGCUGUAGCUUUGCUCUCCGGUGCGGUGUAUUUUUUUUUUAAUAUAUCUAAAUAUUUGCGUUUAGAUAUAGAUGCUUGUUAGUGUAUAAUUUUUUCUAUGUAGCUUAGUACACGCUAGAUAGUUAGAUUUUAGUAGGCACUAAACUUUAUUAUGAAUAAGCGAGGAGCGGAAAUAAGUCAAAGAAAAUAAUUUUUGAAAGACGAGUAGCUGUAAAUAUUAGUUACGUGUUAGAUGAUAAGUUUGUGUUUAAGUGGAAAAUGAAAAUAUUAUUUUAUUGUAUGAUCUAUUUAAUUGGAUGAGUAUUUAAUUAAGUUUUAUUGUUUUCAAAAUAAUACACCGUCUCUCAGUCUAGGCUUUGGGGGAGAAGAUUUGCCUGUUAUAUAGAAUAUGAUUGUUGAUUUUACUUUUCUUAGAUUAAUUUAAAUUUCUUACUAAUAUCACUUCUCGAUUCUAAAUAACACCAUAGAAUUUGGUAAAAAUAAUUUUUGAAUAUAUAUUUUUUAAUAUUUCAUAAUUACGUAUGACCAUUUUAAUUGUAUGUUAUAUUUAAAAUUUUCAUAUUCCACUUAAAUAAUUUAUAUGUCAUUCUAUUUAUCAACUUCCCAAUGAUUUGAUAUGAGGGAAAUGAGGUUUGCUCCAGUCGUUAUGCUGUGAUGCAAACAUGGUGUAUCACACCCGACGUUUUUGAAAGUUUCAUAUAAAUAAAAACUAUAAAAAAAAAAAAUGUAGGUGCUUCUUUAUUUUAAAAUGUAUGCAUUUCUUUAAAAGAUUCCAUAUGUUUUGCGAUUCAACGUUAAUUUGGGUGUGGUGCAUCAUUUUAAUGUAGAUCUCGUAUAGACGAGUUGGGGUUCAGUCCUGAUUCGAUCUGUAUCGUAAGAUCUUAUGUUAAGGUUAUCGUAACGCGGUUCUCGCGGUUUUUUUAUUAUGUUCACGUCCUCACGGAUCGUGUUUAUGUUUCGUUUUAAGUACUCAGCACAAUGUUGACAGUUAGAAUUAAAGUAAUUUACCAGCCGUACUGGCCGAUACGACGGUGCAGGUGACGGGCAUUAGCAAUAAGUCAUAUUCGAAAUUGUAUUUUUAUUCCGAAAAGAGUAUAUAUAUUUGUAAAAAAAAAAUAUAAAAAAAAAAUAAAUAAAAAAAGUAUAUCGUUCACGAACAUUCUUAUUGAUCAAGACGGCUUCCAGUCUUGAUACUAAUUGGAAUUAUUACAGCUAUUAAAGGAUGUUCAUGAGUUUGUUAUACAACGAUCUUAAUUCGAUAUAAGUUAUUUUUGUUACGUUACACCUAUAAUUUUUUAAAUUUUGUAAUAUCAGUUUAGAUUAUCUCUUUUCGUAAUUUGUUUGUAAACCUUUUGUUAUUAGUUUUUUUUUUUGGGUUAUUUAUUGCCUAGUUUCUUCUCAAGUUUUCUCUCUUGUAAUUUUAUCUAUUUGAAUUUUUAUUAUUUUAUUUGUCAUCUAUCAUCUAUGUUAGGGUUAGUGUAGAAUGUAAUAUAGGUAUAAUGUUAUGUAAGAAUGAUAUUGAAGAAACUAAUGGAGGCAGAUUCGAGUAGAUUUAGCUAGACAGAACAGCGGUCCAGAAUGACCUGUUCUGUACUUAGAUAUUGCUUAAUUAUAAUUGUCUUUCUUUCUUUCAAUCUUAUAUAAUCUUCGUAUAAUCACGUAAUCUAUAUACUGUGUAGCGUUUGCUUUGAUAAUUCAUUAGGUCACGCUUCAUUUAAAAUGUAUUUUAAUGUCACACUUAUUGUAUUUUCAUGUAUCCUAUGUCAUUUUUAAAAAUUUCAAAUAGAUUUUCUUAUAGUGAUUAUAGCGUCUGUAGUGUUUAGAACGUCUGUCUAUAUUUUUUGUCCGUAUAUGUCUCGGUGGAUUUUAAUCUAUUUAAUAUGGUAUUGUGUUAAUGGAUUUAUUAUAAUUAUUCUAAGCUGUAAUUCCACGGGCCAAUGAUGUCGCGUAAUCGUAUCUUGGACCCAGUGAUGGUCGAUGUUAGUUAAGGAUUUAGUUUCGUUUUUUAACACGAUUUUAACGGAAUGUAUAUUAGCAUGUUCGUUUAACCGUAUAUAUGAUGAGUAUUUUGUUGCCAUCUCCGCUCAACACAUCGUGCCUUUUGCUGACAGAUGACAUAUUGAGAUGAAAACACACCAACGCCGCUGGUACUAUACAAUGAUCGUUCGUGUAUUCAUACUUUAUCCCAUUCAUGAUCCACAUCAAUCAAACGUCCCAAUCUCAUCGUAACAUCCGACCUCAUUUCGUUAUUUAUCACAUCUAAUCGACGUGGAGUUGGUGUGAGUUCAGCCAUUUUGUUUUUGACCUAAUAUAUCGGUAACAUGUAAGAAUAGUAUUAGGUGGUGACACGCGCGUGUGCACUAAUUCCGUUUACUCAAUCGUACCUUUGAAAAGCCUCACGUACUUCGAUUCAGACGGUCCUAUUGUGUAAUAAGAUUUUAGGUAAAACAAAAUAACAUUUAAACUUUAAACACCGCCUGUAAACUUAGUAUUUAUAAAUGAACACGUGAUUUUAAUUUUAAUACAAACAUAUAAAUCAACAUUAUGUGUGAAUACAAUUAUAUUAUAUUAGUUGACUCGCAAUCUGUUCAGGCAUUCGUGUCUUACAGAUGUAUGUCUUAUAGUCGUAUAGCUUGCAUAUAAAACGUCAAAGUAACCCAGGAAUAGUAAUUAGUAUUAACUAUUAUAGCGUAAUGCGACUGCGAUCGACUGUUCUCAUUGUAGUUAUUGUGAAUUUUUAUAUUAUUAAAUAAUAAACCAUCAUGUAUUGGAUAAGGUUUCUGUGUCGGCUUCGUUCGGUAGAGUAUUUUAUGCACAUAUUGUUCUUAUUAAUCUAACUGUCUUAAAUUUUUUUUAGAUUUGAUGUUAUUAAAAUUUUAUCUUAAAUAUUAUACCGCAUAUACGUUUCAAUGUUUCUUCUAUGUCUAGAUGAAUUGUAUUCGUAUUUUACGCCGCUUCUAAAUGAGUGGGAUUUAAAUUUGAAAUUAAUAAUAAUAAUAAUAAUCUUGAAGUAAACGACAGCAGUUGUAGUUUUUCGUAUUUAAACUCUUUGUAGUUAUGGCAGUAUUCCGUAUAUUGAGUAGUUUGUAUUAUAUAAAUAUUAAUUAUAUAAAAUUAUAAUUUAACAUUUCUAUCUUAAUAUCUCGUACUAAUCUCAAACAACCCAGAAAUAUAUUCGUGGGUGUUGAGGUCUUAUAAUAUUGAUAUUAUAAUAAAGCAUGCUCCUAAAUUUUAUAGUAAUAUAUUGUAAUUUAAUAUUAAUCUUAACGUAUUGCACUUAUUAAAUGGAGAGUUUCCACUUCGAUGUAAAUGUUAAAAAAGGAAAAAAAAAUCAUCAUUCAAAUCUAAUUGCAACUUGUAUGAGAUAUAAAAAAAAAAAUCGGAUUCUACUAAAAUCUUUCAAUGGAUGGAAAAAUCCGGUAUUGUUUAAGCUAUCUCUUAAAUAAUACUGAGUUUUUUCAAUAGUACUGAGUUUUGCUAAAUAAAUAAACAGAAGACCUGAAAAAAAAAAUUAUAGUAAGGUCAUAUCAAAAUGGAAACUGGUUGACACUGUCUAAUCUGAUUGUACUGAACUUGAAAACUAAAUCUAGAAAACUAACUUUGUCUAAAUGAAACUAGUAUUAGUCGAAUAUAUUACGCGGCGUUUAUUAUUUAAUCUCGAUGCUUCGGUUUCUUUGCAAGCAACCAAAACGUCGCGAUUAUGUAGUUUUUAAACAAUAAAAACCGCGUAGUGUUUCCGACUAAAACUAGUUUCAUUUGAAUGAAUAAAACUCGCGAAAAACUAACUUUGUGUCUAGAAAUAUUAAUGUUGAAAUUAGCGUUUAGAUAAAUGACGUUUUCAUAGUGUAGUCUAAGAAAAACUGUUACGGUUCUAUUUUAGCUCUUUCACUUGACUUUGAUACACUUUUGCUACUUAUUCAGGGGCUCAAUCAAAAAAAAUCUAUAUACUUCUUCGAACCGAUCUAAUUUCUUUACUGUGACAGUCCGAAACGUCGACUUCACUAUGAGCUAAAAUACCGCUAUCUAAAUCUCACUUGACAUAAUUCCACUACGUACUUUUUGUAAGCUGUGUACUUAAAUAUCUUGCCUUAGUAUUCAACUAUAUUUGAAGUGUUUUUUAGGAUUGUUUUGAAUUAUAAAUAUAUGUCCAAUAACACACCUUGGUCUCAGAGUGGCUGUUUAUAUUUAGACUAUGUUUAUAUCUCGAUAGUUAUGAUUAUUUUUAACAUUUAGUUGUUAUAUUUGUGGCAUGUAAUGCUAGGUUCAUUGUAUUUGAAAUUAUGGUCUAACUAAUUUUAAGUUAGCGUUAGUUUUAGUUAUUUAGCAAUCGUAUUCUUUCCGUAUUUAUUGAUGUAAUGAAUUGUGUAACCUUAUAGUAUUUAUCGAUCUCAAUGUUAGACUUAUAAAAGGACACUUCUCACAAUAAUUAUUUGUAUUACAAUACUAGCUAUUAUACUGAUACGUUCCAAUAUAUCUCCAACACCGCACAAUGUGCUUCUACGUACAAUAGGCAUUGCCUGUGCAGUAUGCUAUGUAAUUUAAUUUUUUUAACAUUCGUCUUCUACCCGCACUAAAAAUGUUAGUAUACUUCUUUAAUAUAUCUAAAUUGAUGAAUUACUUAAUAUAUAAUUAUCAAAAUUGUCACCGAAUAACAAACUGUUGAAGUAAUUAUCUCAUGCUAGUGUUUGAUAAUGUGUCCAUAUUAGAUGCGGGUAAAGCAAAACCCGCGAUACUUGAUUAUACCACCCGAAUAUAUUAGAAUAUAGAUAUUUGCGCAAAUUGUAUUGGUUGUGUGGUACCCAUAAACACCUAAAGAUCGACAUACACUGACACCAUGCGUAAAUAAAGAAAAAUUCAAUUGUA